AUGAAGCCAUCCGGUCAGAUCGUCAUCAUCGGCGCUGGUGUUUUCGGCUUGACGACGGCUCUGCAACUGGCGAGAGAAGGACACGAACACAUAGUUGUUCUGGACCGCCAUACUCCUCCUGUGCCCGAUGGAUCAAGUUGCGACAUCUCUCGCGUCGUCCGCUUCGAUUAUGCGGACAGUGACUACGUGAGGAUUGCCCACGAAGCGUAUCUGAAAUGGUCGCGGGACCCUCGAUAUAAAGGCAUCUUCCAUCCAGCAACCUACAUCCUGGCUAUGGACAAGACCAAGUCGGGAGGAGCGUGGCUGAACGAUGUCAAGACCGCCUUGACUCGAGAACAGUUGCCGAUCGAGGCGCUCGAAACUGCAGCGAAGGCCAAAAAGCUCAAUCCCACCUUGAGUGGCGACCUUGCCGACAACUUCACGGGUUAUCAAAAUCGUCAGGCAGGGUGGGCGGACGCCAGCAAGGCGGUGACGCAGCUCCGUGAUGACUGCAUUGAAGCCGGCGUCUCCUUCAUCUGCGGCGCGGCUGGGACUGUGAGAGGGUUCAACGCUGAUCCGAAGGGACGGAUUCGCAGCAUUCGUUCCUGGGCCAACACGACCGUCAAUGGCGAUUUCUUCAUACUCGCUGCUGGAGCGUGGACUGCAUCUUUGGUGCCAAUGUACAACUCGACGCUUUCAACGGCACAAGUUGUCGGUUAUGUGCACCUCAGCGACGAGGAGAUACACGCGCUCAAGGAUUUGCCCAUAUAUACUAGCUUCUCCACUGGAUGGUUCAACUUCCCUCCACAUGAAGAGACAAGGACACUCAAAAUGGCUGUCCACGGCUGGGGAUACACCAGAAAGCCCAAUGCCGAAGAGGUCAGUGGUGAUCACGUCAAUGACUCUGCGCCCCUUACUCGUCCGCAGAGAAGCAGGCCAAAUUUCGUGCCCAAGGAUGGUGAAGAGCGAUUGCGACAAGGGUUGAGGGAGAUUCUGCCUGAAUUGGCAGACCGACCAUUCGAAAAGCUGGCCAUGUGUUGGUACACAGACACGCCAACCGGGGAUUUCAUUAUGGAUCUGCAUCCGGACUAUCCCAACGUCUUCGUUGCAACGGGAGGCAGUGGACACGCAUUCAAGUUCCUACCUGUUCUUGGACAGUAUAUAGUGAAGGCCAUGAAGAAACAACUGCCACCGGAGCUGGCGCAGAAAUGGCGGUUUCGGACUGAGUACCAGCAUGAAAGUGGCUUCAAAGGAGAUGGAAGUCGGGCAGAGCCGCCUAGUCAUGUGCUUGAACAUUUCGUGAACGUUUACGUCGAGAAGAUCCAUGCUCAACCACUACCGUUGUUCGAUUCAGAAAAGCUCCUCGACCACUUGUCUGCCAGUCCUCGUUAUCUGCUAUGGAGUUUCAUGGCGGUCGUCCUGCAUUUUGAAACGCAUCCUUUCUACCGCAACAAUGAAGCGCAAGCAGUGUCCUUCUAUACCCGUUCUGCCAGUGAGUCCAGCACCAAGCUUGCUGCGGAUGGAAUAGCGAGGACGGAAGUGCUGCAAGCGACCUGCCUGUUAGCAAUGAGAAACAUCCUCUCGGGCAAAUUGAACAAAGCUUGGAUGAUCAUUGGCUCUGCAGGACGGCUGUUUCUCCUUCGCAAGCAGACUAUAGGUGACCUUGACCAUUUGCUGGAGGAAGACCUCUCGCGCUGCUUUUGGAGCAUCUAUCUUCUUGAACGCACCUUCAGCAGCAACGCUGUCCAGCUCUCCGACACGAAUAGUCCCAGACGACCUCCAAGCGCGUGCCUGCCACCAACUAUCGCUUCAACCGGCAAUGGCACCCAUUCUCCUGAUUUUCUGGACGACAGUAAUCCUGUCAGAGAUCUGGGCAUCAACUACUACUACCUCGAUCUGGCCGGAGUCUGGGGCAAACUUCUCGUCCAUUUGCAAGAGCUCCGGAACGGGAAGGUAGAAGAGUCUUGGACAUCCGAGUCGACGUAUACAAGGCUCCAGGUUGCACUAUACGAACGCGACACUCAGCUCUGUACGAAACAUCUGCUCCGCCACACCAAUUUUGGUUCCCGCACCAGAGAGGAGCUCUCCACCCACCGACAGUACUGGCAUCCUUGGCUUGCGAUGCAAUUGUUCUCCCACGCAAUUCCCGCCAUACUGAACCACCCAUUCAUUCAUCUGAGUGCGUUGCGAGACGGUACAGGUGGCGCAGCACGAUCACGCUUCUUUUUACAGCAGACAGUCGACACCGCUUUGCUUCACUCUGCGUGGGUUGCACGUUUGCUGCAGAUGUGCGACGAGCUUGGCUUCGAGACCCAGAGUCCACUCAUUGGCGAUGUUGUUGCAUCCACCGCUACGGUGGCCUGGUUGUUCCAGUUUACUGGUGACGCCAAAACAAGGUCUACGGCGACCGACAAUUUUAAGACGUUCCAGGCAGUGCUAUCUCGCUUGUCGGUCUCAUGGCCGCAUCUGGCUACCAAGGUCGAACUCCUUCGCGCCCUGCAAACGAUCAGCGACGAGAAAGCCCACGAAAGUACUGAGUCAUCGAGAUCCAUUUCUUUUCCACCCAUGAUCCUCUGGGACAUUCUGGCUCCGCUGCCUGGACAGAACACCCAAGGCGGCGUGGUGGCCCAGACUCGAGAUACUCCACAAAGCGAGCAUCCAGUGGACACGAGGCUCCGUGUGAGAACGCAGUAUAUGCAUCCUCUGACUGAAAACCACGCGGCGGCGGCGGCAGCGGCAGCGGCAGCAGCAGCAGCAGCACCUGCUGUUGUCGCGGACCGCUUUGCCGACGAUCUCGCCGUGCCUGGCACGCAGAUGGCUGAACUUGCCGAGCUGUCGAUCAAUGACCUGCUCACGCAGUUCCCGGAACAGGAUUUUUUCUAUCCUGGCUACAAUCAAAGCACCAUGUGA